AACUCCCUAUAACUUAACCCUAAAUGUUGACCGAGUUUUUGUCUUGCAUACCAAGUCUCUGGUCUCCUUGCCGACUAAGUUUGUAACGGCUAAUAAGGGGCCAAAACCACUCCACGAUUUUCUCUAAUUCUGGUUAAUUUUUCGCCUAUAUAUAAAGGCUUUUGCUUCUCAGAUUCUUCCCUCUGGAAUUCCAUAUUCGAAAACAAUCAAACAAUUGGGUUGGCAUGAUGAAAGCGAAAAUGAAAAAGAAGUUAAAAUCCCAUAAACUCACAGACAAUGGAAAAGCUACUGCAAUUGUGAAGAGUGGAAUUUUUGAGCAACGAACCUGGGCCGAUUUCCCUGUUGAACUCUUAGAAUUGAUCUUCUCCGGUUUGAUUGUGGCAGAUAACAUUCGUGCUUCUAUUGUUUGCAAGAGAUGGCAUUCAGUUGCCACUUCUGUACGUCAAGUGAACCAAUCACCCUGGCUUAUGUAUCUUCCAAAACAUGGUAACUCAUAUGACUUAUAUGGUCGGAUGCAUCGAAAAAACUAUGGCUUCUAUGAUCCUCGGCAUCAAAAAACCUAUUCCCUCGAGUUUCCACAGUUAGAUAGGUCUCGUGUUUUCUAUACAAAAGAUGGUUGGUUAUUGGUAUAUCAGAGGAAUACGAGGCCCAGGCCCGAAAGUUUCCUGUUUUUUUUCUUUAAUCCCUUUACUAGGGAGCUGAUCAAGCUGCCAAAAGAAUAUGAUCAUCGAAACUCUGUUGCCGUUGCCGCCUUCUCUUGUGCUCCAACAUCAACUGAAUGUGUGAUAUUUACUAUUAAAAAUGUUGGUUCUAGUAGGGUAGCUAUUAGCACAUGUUAUCCUGGGGCAAUCGAAUGGACAACUGAUACUUACCGAAACUGCUCUCAUUUUUCCUGUGGCUCAGGGACUAAGAUUGUCUUUUCUAAUGGGUUAUUUUAUUGUCUGAGCUACCAAGGUUUUCUAGGGGUGUUUGACCCAAUUGGAUGUACUUGGACUGUUUUGGAAGUACCCCCACCUCGAAGCCAAGAUAGUUUUAUUGACAGAAAAGGGCGGAAAGGGCAAUUUAUGACAGAGCAUGAAGGAAAUAUAUUCGUAAUUCAUAUGCUUUAUAUGCUUUAUCCGGAGGGCCCAAUUAUUUACAAGUUAGAUCGGACACUAAUGGAAUGGAAAGAUGUGAGAACGCUAGGCGGCGUGACAGUUUUUGCAAGUUUUUUGUCGUCUCCUUCUAGGACUUGCAUCACUGAAAAAAUGAGAAACAGUGUCUAUUUCCCUAAAUUCCGUGUCUAUGGAAAGUGUUGCAUGUCGUUCUCUCUUGAUGAGCAAAGAUAUUAUCCCAAUAAGCAGUUGCAUGACUGGAUUCAACCGGGAAUUAUUGAGAACAUCUGGAUUGAACCACCAAAAGAUUUUGCUGGCUGGAAUUAAAUAAAUUACGGAGCAAGUAUCGAGUUCAGCGUUAUUGCUCUUUGGCUGUAGGAGUUAAUGACUAAAACUUGUUUGUAGGCUAUACAUGGGAUGUUAAUAGGUACUAAUGAGGCAGCAAAAAGAUUGGUUGUUUUUGUUAUUUUAUCUAUGCAGAUUCUAGCAAUGCUUAUGUGGAUUUAGUUACGCCACUAAUCUAAAGAUUUAAUUACUUAUUUUGAGCAUUAUCAGUUGGUUUAUUAUUGUACAA